AUGGAGGAUAACAAUGAUGUUAAGGAGAAACAGCUUAGUCUGCAGGGUCAACCGCAGCAACAAACUCAACCUCAAUCAACAGCCUCAAUUGUGCCAAGUGAUGUUCGAACCGGACGAGGACCGGGACUCAGUACAAAUGUCAAUAAAAAUACUUUAAAACCUGAUAAUGAUCCUAAUACGACAACACUAUCAGCUCUUGUGAGCUCGACAACCGGACCAAAUGCCAUGCUGAUGGUUGGUCCAAAUUUUAGAGUAGGAAAACGAAUUGGGGCGGGUAAUUUUGGAGAAAUAAGACUAGGUAAAAAUUUGUACAAUAGUGAACAUGUAGCAAUUAAACUUGAGCCAAUGAAAUCACGUGCACCACAACUGCACCUUGAAUAUCGUUUUUACCGACAACUUGGUACUGCAGAAGGAAUACCUCAAGUUCAUUAUUUUGGACCUUGUGGUAAAUAUAAUGCACUUGUGAUAGAAUUAUUGGGACCAAGCUUAGAGGAUUUAUUUGACAAUUGUGAAAGAAAGUUUACGUUAAAAACAGUUUUAAUGAUUGCUAUACAACUGAUUACCAGAAUGGAAUAUGUUCAUUCAAAAAAUCUAAUUUAUCGUGAUGUGAAACCAGAAAAUUUUUUAAUUGGUAGAAGUUCAACACGUAAACAGCAUCUAAUUCACAUAAUUGAUUUUGGAUUAGCCAAAGAAUAUAUUGAUCCAGAAACAGGAAGACAUAUACCAUUUCGAGAACAUAAAAGUUUAACGGGCACAGCAAGAUAUAUGAGUAUCAAUACACAUCUAGGAAAAGAACAAAGUCGCCGUGAUGAUCUCGAAGCACUGGGCCAUAUGUUCAUGUAUUUUUUGAGAGGAAGUUUGCCAUGGCAAGGUUUAAAAGCUGAAACAUUGAAAGAACGUUAUCAAAAAAUUGGUGAUACAAAACGAGCAACACAUAUCGAAGUUUUAUGUCAAAAUCAGCCAGAAGAAUUUGGAAAAUAUUUAAAAUAUGUACGAAAUUUGGAUUUCUUUGAAACGCCUAAUUAUGAAUAUUUAAGAAAAUUAUUUAAAGAUUUAAUGGAUAGUCGUAAUUUUGUUUGUGAUUGGAAUUUUGAUUGGGUAGAAAAAAUGCAAAAAUUACAAAAUAGAAGUACGGGAAAUACACAAGUUAAUUCUUAUCCUCCAGAUUUAUCUAGUCCUUUACCACGAUCUCUUCCAAAUAGAGUAAUUAAUUCGACAGAUCAAGGUGAUGAACCCAUUACACAUGAACAUGCACCCAUUGCGCCAUUAUCACCACCAAAUGUUGAUGUUGUUAGCGACACAAAACGUAAAAGUGAUGAAUUGAACUCAUAUAGUGCUGAUGAUUCUUCAAGUAGAAUGUAA